AUGACACCAUCGGACAAGCCGUCUAAUGAGAGCCGCAUGCACACCCUGCUUGCGGACUUCAAAACAUCAAUUGAGGCUUCCGACAGAGCCAGAGUCUCUGUGGAGCCCACAGUGUCGCCUCAGAAGAUACGUCGCUCGAUACUGAAGAGCCGCGAGCGUACUUCGCCGCGCCGAGAUAGACCUGAGGAUAGACCACUCAAAAGAGUGCGAUUCAAGCCAGCUUCAGGAGUGCCGUUGGAGGAAUUCGUGCCAUCCGGCGCGCGCGCGGCGGAAAAGUCCAUAGCUAGCUGGUCACUUCGCGGAAAAGUUAAGCCAGACGAACGACAAAGCCGUCGCAACGGAGGAAAUUCCCCUCAAAGUAUGAAGGACAAAGAUCAUAUUGACGCCCUCGGAACAGAAGUCAAGAGCCUCAAAAGGGAAUUGGAAUCGAUGCGAUCCUGCAGAUUGAAUGCUCGCAGCAGCGAACAAGACAGAUAG